AUUUAGUGAUACUCAAACCGGAAGUUGGAGCCGCCAGAAAAAUAAAAAUGUUCAAGAAAUUGCUCGGAGGAAAAGGUGGAAAUAAGGGGGGAGAAAAUCGGGGAUCCCAAAGCCCGAAUUCCAGCCCAAGCCAGGGAGGGGGCGGGGCAGGGGCAGUGCAGCAGGAAGGAGAGGGAUUUCUGUGUCCGAUGUGUAUGAAAUCUCUAGCAUCCCCCGAAGCUUUGACAUCUCAUUUUGAAAAAGUGCACAGCAGUCCGGAUGUUGCUUCAGACCCUUUAAGAGGGGGACCUGCACAACAUCAGCAAAUCAAUCCCGUGCAGACCAGUACAGUGGGAGAUCCACUUUCUAGAAAUGUUGAUCCUCUUUCAAAGCAGGAUUCCAAAGAAAAGGGAUUUCUGUGUCCCAUGUGUAUGAGUUCCUUCCCCAACCCUGAUGCACUCCAAACCCACUUUGAUAUUGCACACAGUGAACCUGAUCCUUCCCAGCAGGAGGGGUUUGUUUGUCCUACAUGUCAUGCUCCAUUCCAAUCUCCAGAGGAACUCCAGGCCCAUUAUGACAAAGAGCACAACACAUCAACUGAGAAUAGAGGAGGGGAUGUGUUGAUGCUAAGACAAGAAAUAGAUGACCUCAAGAAGUCUCUACAAGAGGAGAAGUGGUACUCUCUUGAACUGAAGAAGGAGGUAGACAAACUCACCAAGGCUGUUGGCAGUGAAACUCCUUUACAGGACAAGGCAGAGUUUGAGAUGCACAAACACCAACUUAGAGCAUCAGAGGAAAGCAGGACAUUAUUGGCCUCUGAAUGUAUACUGCUACAGCAACAGUUGAAGGAAGCCACAGAUCAACUGGCUGAAUUCAAAGUUAACAAGGAGAAGAUUGAACUGAAGGCUGGACAACUGGCAGCUGAUAUAGUAUCGUCAAAGUCACGGGCGGAUGAAGCAGAAAGCCAAAAGGUGGCAUUAGAAGACCACAUACAAACUUUGAAGCAACAACUUGUUGAGAAAUCCAACCUAAUUAAUGGUCUAGAGACACAGUUGUCCCAAAGGCCAUCAGAAGAUGACGUCAAAGUUCUUAAAGAAGAAUUAGUUCAGGUCCAGACACUCAUGGAUAAGAGUAGUCAAGAGGGAGAACAUGAAAAGGAAAAAUUAGUAAUAGAACUGAAAGAACUGAAAGAGAAACAUGACAAAUCUGAGGCAAGUGUGAGAGAACUUAAAGCUGAGCUAGCUACAAGACCCAAAGCAGAGCAACUACAGAGUUUACAAUCUGAGCUGUCGGAGAAGUCGUCUGGUUCUGAACAACUAGCGCACUCUAUACAAGAUCGAGACACUAAGAUUGCGACUCUUACUCAGGAGAAUAUUAACCUCAAGUCACAAUCUGAAAAAGUUGAGAGAGAAAAUAAAGAAAUGGUGGAGCAACUCCAGGAUAAAUCUCUAGAAAUAGGAAAACUUCAGAAAGACUUAGAAAAUAAACAAACAGAGUUAAAAAAUAAAAUCAACGAACUUGAUAAACAGACUCUCGACAAUAAAGACAAAUUGAGAGAAAUUGAAAGUGUCAAGUUGGAAUUGGAAAACAUUAAAAAGGAUUCUGAUAAAAAGACUGGGGAACUAGAGGAAAAGAUUGUCACUAUAACAAGCCUUGAACAAGUUGUCAAAGAAAAAGAUGCCAAUAUUGAUCAAGUAAAGGGUGAACUGGCUAAAGUCCAAGAGGUUAUUGCUGAAAAGGAGACUCUGGUGGGGAGUAUGGAGAAGAAGCUUGGAGAGUCUAAGCAGACUGCACAGGGAUCACUCUAUGAGAAAGAACAGCUCAUCAACACAUUGAAUCUGGACAUAGAAAAGUUAAACAGUGCCAUAAAACAGAAGGAGUCCUCCCUUGAGACAACUCAAGGACAGUUAGAAGAGCUACAAAAAAGAUUCCAAACUGAGGCAUCAAGCCAUGAAGAACUGAAAGUGCAAUACAGAGAGAAGUGUGCUUCCCUUGAAGAUGAAUUAAGGAAGGCAGAAUCUAGGGGCAGUAAGAUCAAGGAACUGGAGGGAAGCCUAGGAAUGGCUAAGGACUCUGUUAGUAGAUUAGAAACUGAGAGAACAGAACUUAUUGCCAAGAUUGAAACAGGAGAGGGUAUAGAGACUGCUAUUACUCAAAUGAAACAGGAGAAUACCUCUUUGCAAGAAAAACUGAGCAAUGCUGAGAAGGCACUCAAUGAAGCUGCUGAGGUGAACAACGAGAAGACAGAACAACUCCAUAAACAACUACAAGAGAUGAAGACUCAACUAAAUGAUGAAAAAGACAUGAAGAUUAAACUAGAAGGUUCAUUAACUGAGGCAACUGAUAAACUUAAAUCAACUGAAGUAAAGGUUCAACAGCUGGAUGCAGAACUGAAAACAAAGGGCGACGCUCUGCUGUCAGCUGAGGCUGCUAGAAGCACACAAAGAGCUGACUUAGAGAACCACAUCAAGACAGCACAGAAUGCACUGGAGGAAAAAUCUGAUGAACUCAGCAAAGCAAAAUAUCAACUGGAGCAAACUGUUAAAGAUCUAACUGAGAAGAAAGAACAGGGCACAAAAAUGGAAGCAACUAUGAAGGAACAAACUGACAGAGCCAACCAACUCCAGCAAGAGAAUACAAAAUUUGAUGCCAAACUCACUGAGAAGAGUUCCACAUUAGAGAAACUUGAAGUCAGCAAAUCAGAACUGGAUAAGCAAUAUAGGGAGGUGCAAUCAAACUUAGAAAAGGCCAACAUAGAAUUAGAGAAUGCCAAGUCAAAGUGUGCGAGUCUAGAGAGUGAUUUAACAGAGCUAAAGUCAGAUGUUAAACAGUUGAAAGAAAACAAGGAGCAACAGAAUAAAGAAAUAAAGGCAAAGCUUGAAGAUAUAAGACUUCUUGAAUUGGCCAAGACAAGUAAUGAAAGCGAAAUAAAGUCCACAAAAGAUUCCAUUGAACAGAAAACUAAGGAGAUAGCAGAGAUCAAACAGAAACUUGAUAAGGUGCAACUGGAAUCUUCUACAGAAAUCCAGAGUCUGAAAGAUUCACUGGAAAAAUCUGCAGCGAACCACAAACAAGAAGAAGAAAAACUCCAGCAAGAGAUAAAAUCACUUGAAGAAUGCAAAACGAAGUUAGAAGGAACAAAUACUGAAUUAAGCAAGAGUCUUGAAGAGGUGAAAGCUGAUUUGUCAACUAAGGGGGAGCAGUUAAACUCUGUUAAAUCCCAACUUGAGGAAACCAAGAGAUCAUAUGAAACUGAAAAGAGUACACUCGUAAGUUCAUCAGCAGAGACCACAGCCAAGUCUUACAAGGAAAUAGAAGAAUUGAAGGGGAAAGUUUCAAGUCUAGAGGGUAAUCUAUCAACAGAACAGAAGUCUGUUAAAGAAAAACUGGAGGAAAUUACAACUUUAAAGAAAACGGUUGCUGAAUUUGAAGAACAAGUGAAGUCACUGGAAACAAAGCAGAAACAUCAAGAGGAGACUAGCAGUAAACAGAUAGAAGAAAAGUCCAGUCAAGUGACCAAACUUGAGGAACAGCUUGCCAACAAGCUCCAGAUAGUAGAGGAGCAAACGAAAGAAUUAGAGGGUGUUCAGAAAGAUUUAAGCAAGUCGACAGAUCUGUGCAAGAAUUAUGAUAAACAGGUUGUGAAACUACAAGAUCAGGUUAAGGAGCUACAAGACACCCUACAGACAACCAGUGAUCUACUGAAGACAAAGGAUGAAUCAUUGAAAAAACUUCAAGACAUUGAGAAACAGUUAAAUAAUAAUGUUGAGGAACUGACUAAGGAAUCCGUAGAACUGAAGUCAAAGGUAGAAAAAUCUCAGGUUGAAUUGAAAGAUGUCACCACCAGUAAGAAUGCUGUCACGGAUGAAAAGAUUAAACUAGAGAAGGAAUUAUCAGAACUGACCAAGACACACUCUGUACUGACACUGGCUAAGGAGGCCUUGGAGGAGGAGGUACAACAGGCCAAGGCUGAAGUCACCAAAGUUAAGGAGGAGCAAGCUAAGGAGCUCUCAGGCCUGAAUGAUGCCAAACAACUGCUGAUUACACAGAAACUGGAGAUGCAGGCCAAGGUGACAGACACAGAGAAAAAAUUAAAGAAGGCAUAUUCUGACCUAUCAGAGGCUGAGGAAGUUGCCAAGGGAGUCCAGGCAAUGCUCAAGGAAGAAAACUCAGGCCUACAAAGCAAGCUGGCAACAGAGGUGAGGACACGCGAUGAGCUCGAGAGACAAAAGUCAGAGAUGGAAACCAAGAAUGAAUUACAACUUACGGUGCUAAAUGAAAAUCUUUCAACAAUACGCAGUGACCUUGUUGCGAACCAAACUAAAAUGGCUGAACUUCAGAAGCAGAAUGAUGAAAUCAGGGGAGAAAAACUUGCAAUGGAAGCUAAGUUGGACAACAACAAUGAUGAGAGGAGGGCAUUAUUGGAGCGCUGCAUCAAGAGUGAGAAUAAGAGUGAGGAAAUGAUGACUCAAAUGGCAGAGUUGAGGCGUAAACAUGAUGACAUGAACGCUGCUCUGCAUGAACUUGGGAGGGAGAACCAGUCUCUACAGAUUAAAACAACAAAAACAAGUGGCAGGAAAUGGACAGAUGAUUCUCAAGUAAAAGAAUGUAUGCAGUGUGACAAAUCUUUCUCUGUUACUGUACGGAAGCAUCACUGUCGAAAUUGUGGAAACAUCUUUUGUAAUGAAUGUUCAUCGAAUAACUCUGCCAUUGCCUCAUCCAAGAAACCUGUUCGGGUCUGUGAUGCUUGUUACGUAGACAUUCAACAAUCCCGGUGAGAUUACUAACUAGCCUUUCAUGACCUGACAACCCGUUGUAAGACUGACUGUGUAGUUUUGUGUACAGCAUCUUGCCCUUUGUGACAACAUCAUAGAAACUGUGUGAGAUUGCUGCAUUAAUGUGUAAUACUGUAGUUCUGGAUGGUAGCACUGAUUUGUUCGUAUAUAACAUGGAAUAGUGGCUUAAAUAGACUAGUAUACUUGCUAGAUGUGUACCAGGUUGUGUCAUAGUGAUUUCUGGUUGAAUUACAGACCAGUUUCAUAUUAUUUUCUCCAUCACAUUGUCUCCCUUCCCAUCUCCUAUUGCUUUAAGGGUUUGACUGAAGGCAUGGGGAUAGGAAUUGAAGUUGGGUUAAUUUCCUGUACAUCUUAAAAGUAGUAGCUGGUCUGUGGUACAAUUUACUCGAUGUUUUCCGGUGCUUAUGACACACACUGUUCAGUAGAUUCUAAAUCAAACUACAUUGUACUCCAGCUGUGUAGUAUUUAUUGAAGGAGUUGAAAAAGUUUUACUGUAAUUUUCUCCUUCCAUUUGACAUGGACCUUUUUGGAGGAGUAUACAUGUACAUGCACUCUCCUUAUAUUCAUGUUAUCUGCACAACUCAACAUCCAAUGUACAAUCCACAUGUGUCUUUUGGACAGAUUUACUGACAAAAAUCCUGUACAUGCUCUGUUAAAAUCAGUGGUUAUUUUAGUUGAAAUGAACUUCUUACAAUACUCAAAUUUUAUCUACCAAACCUAAAUCCCUCCCCCUGACUAUGGUGUCCUGCUUGCCCAUCUUUCAUAUCAAACUUUCUUCAAGAGGGCUCUACAUUUUAUGGGAUGGCGAUCUGAUUUUUUGAAAAUAUUACCAAUUUUGACCAAAAGUUUAUCUCAAAGUAAAUAGUAACAAUAGACUGAAAAUGCACAAUUCAUUUGAAUCAUUAACCUCAUUGUAAACACUCCAUUUCCAUUUGGACAUUUCAUAAUUUUCUAUUGGAUAAUUGGUUCAUCAUUUAAUCAAUAGUUGUAAUAUACAAUCAGGUUUUGCAUGUAAAUGAUUGAAUUCCAUAUUAAGAAAUAGCAAACGUGUGUAUAUAAGUUGUACAUGUAUGUACAGUGUACAUUGAUAUGAGUUUGGGUAAAAGCAACUUUCAGUGCAUCUGCAGUACCAGUUUGCCCUUAAGAGUGGGAUGAGGCUUAGUAUAGAGUAUUAGAAUAUGAGGAGUAAAAUUAUGGAAUGAAAAAAGGAUAAAAAAUGAAUAUUGAAUAUCAGCCUCCACUCUCAAUGUUAAGGAAUAUCCCCCCCCC